GGGAGUCAGGGGUUGUGGGGCCACUUGAAGGACCAUGGGGGUGGUGGAAAUGUGGGGAACAUGCAAGAGGGGGGCCUGGGCCAUGUGGGUGGGGAGGCUCUGCCAGUGCCUGGGGCUGUUGGGAGAUGCUGGAGGGCUGGGCAUAGCAGCCUAGGCUGGGCACCAUGCCUGGCAGAGGACUUGGGGCAGGGUAUCAGGAUGCAGGGAGCUGUGCGGAGGAGCCAGCCCAGGCCCUGCAGCCCAUAUCGGGGCAGGAGGCGAAGCAAGGACAACCCUGAGGCUGAACUGAGCAGGGGAAAUUGGGUGGACAUCAGGGCUGGGGCAAUGGGUCAUGGUCCUGGGUCUUGUAUCACACAGUGAAAUCUGCUGUCUCCUUUCCCGCAGAUGGCCCCGGAGACUGAACGCUGCUGACAGGGGCUGUGCAUGAGUGGAGGGAGAGCAAGAGCCCAGGUCCCAGGCUGUUGCGGGGUCUCUCCUGGUGGAGAAAAUGGCAGCUGAGCUGGAGCCCGUGGCAGCUGUGGACUUUCCCUUGGCAGCGCUGGUGCAGGCCGAGGUGAAGAUGGAGAAGCAGGAUGCAGGAGGACUCAAGGCAGGAGCGGAGGGAGUAGGAAAAGUCUCUCGUGUCAUCCAGGCUGGGGCUGGUGGGGCAUCCCCGAGACGGUCAGCCCCGCAGCAUGUAACGCAGCAGCUGAAAGAUGAGCCGGUCCAACAGCAUGAGAUCCAGGGGCAGGAGGUGAAGCAGGCCAUGCAGACCUCUUUUGAGGCUAAGCUGCCCUUGGUGACUCCACAGCCGGCACUGGGGGAUGACCUCCCCAACCCAGAGACGUGGCGUCAACGUUUCCGCGGCCUCCGAUACCAGGAGGCCGAGGGGCCGCGGGACGUUUGCAGCCGCCUGCGGGAGCUGUGCCAGCGCUGGCUGGAGCCCCAGCACCGCAGCAAGGAGCAGAUGCUGGAGCUGGUGGUGCUGGAGCAGUUCCUGGCCGUCCUGCCCCGGGAGAUGCAGAGCUGGGAGUGGGAACGCGGCGUGCAGACCUGUGCCGAGGCCGUGACUCUGGCUGAGGGGUUUCAGCUGGGGCAGGUGGAGGACAAGGAGAUCCAGGGCACGGUGAAUGUGAAGGUCGAGGCGGUGUCUUCAGUCAAGACGCAGCCCACUGGGGCACUGCAGCAACCUGUUGAUGGCUGUCUGGAGCAGCCAAAGGCCCAUCCUGCGGACAUGCUUCUGGAGGAGGCAGGGCAGAGGAAAAUCCCAGGGCCUCAGGACAAGCCUCUCUGUAUCCCAAAAGAAGAGCCCCUGCCCGAUGAGGAGUUGGGUGCAGGGACCCUGACCAGAGCUGACCAGCUGCCUCCCGAGGAAGGGCCUGUAAAGCUGGAGCUGCAGAGGACUUCCCCGGGGAGACUGGGAAAAGGGGGCUCUCUAACGUUUGAGCUGGACCAGGUGUGGCCGCGGCAGGGCAGGCCUUCCAAGCAGAGGGGGAGCAUGGAGCUCCGGGACGCCUUUGAGGACGUGGCCGUGUACUUCACGCGGAAGGAGUGGGCGCUGCUGGACGAUGGAGACAAGGGGCUUUACCGGGACCAGAUGCUGAGGAAUUACCAAGCUGUCGUUUCCCUGGGUUAUCGAGGUCCCACCCCUGACUUAAUCUGCCGCAUCCAGCGAGGAGAGGUGGAGCUCUGGGUCGGUGAUGAUGAGGACUGCGGGGAAAGCUCAAGGUUGGAGGACCUGCCUCCAGGAGGUGUCUGGCUGCUGAACAAAGCUGAGCAGCAGCCUCCUCCGGGAGGGCCUGCAAACCUGGGGCCACCACAGACUCCCAUAGGGAGUUCGUAUGAGAUGGACUCCCUGAGACCUGAGAAGGACCGAUGGCACAAGAGUCAGGGGAGACCACAAAAGCAGAAGGGGAAUGAGUCGGUGAACUGGCACCGACACAUCCACUUGGGAAGGAAGACACACCGCUGCACCAAGUGCAGGAAGAACUUCAUCUGCUGGAAAGACCUGUCCCAGCACCGGUGCUGGCAGAAGGGGGAGCAGCCACACCACUGCAACACAUGCGGGGAGAGCUUCAGGCAUCCUUCCACCCUGGCCAGGCACAGGCGCAUGCACACAAGGGAAAAGAUGCAUCAGUACUCUGAAUAUCGUAAGAGCUUCACCAGGUCUUCCGUCCUGGCCAAGGACCAGCUCAGGCACACAGGGAAGAAGCCAUGUCUGUGCUCUGAUUGUGGGAAAACCUUUACCUGCCCUUCCCGUCUGGUCCGGCACCAGCGCAUCCACACAGGGGAGAAGCCUCAUCAGUGCUCUGCAUGUGGGAAGAGCUUCACCCAGUCCUGCCACCUGGCCCGACACCAACUCAUCCACACAAGGGAGAAGCCACAUCAGUGCUCUGUGUGUGGGAAGAGCUUCACUGAAUCCUCCAGCUUGACCCAGCACCAUCGCAUCCACAGUGGGGAGAGGCCACAUCAGUGCUCUGUAUGUGGGAAGAGCUUCACCCAGUCCUCCAACUUGGCCCGGCACCAGCGCAUCCAUACAGGAGAGAAGCCACAUCAGUGCUUCAAGUGUGGGAAAAGUUUCACUUCUUCCUCCCACCUGGCCCGGCACCAGCUCAUCCACACCGGGGAGAAGCCAUAUCAGUGCUCGGUGUGUAGGAAGAGCUUCACGCAGUCCUCCAGCCUGGCCCAACACCAGCGCAUCCACACAGGGGAGAAGCCACAUCAGUGCUCUAAGUGUGGGAAGAAAUUCACCCUCUUAUCCAGCCUGGCUCGGCACCAGCAUAUCCACACUGGGGAGAAACCACAUCAGUGCCCCGAGUGUGGAAAGAGCUUCAGCCGCUCCUUCCUCUUGCUCGAGCACCAGCGCAUCCACACUGGGGAGAGGCCACACCAGUGCCCUGAGUGUGGGAAGUGCUUCAUCUGUUCCUCCCACCUGGCCCGGCAUCAGCGUAUUCACACAAGGGAGAGGAAAUAUCAGUGCCUUAAGUGUGGAAAGAGCUUCACCCAGUCUGCCCACCUGGCUCGGCACCAGCGCAUCCACAGCCAGGAACAUCUGUAAUUCUGCCAGCAAUGCAGGAAGAGCUUGGGAAUGUCUACCUACUCAUCACACACAAGUUACUGCAUUCAGGCUCCCCGGCCUUUCUUUGGCUACCCUCGUCACCUGCAACCCCUCAGGUAAGUACCCUGUCGUUCACCGGUCAGCUGUUGGCUUACAGUCCUUUGGGCGUACGUGUGCCUGUUCU